AUGAGAAAAAAUAAUAAAGUUUAACCUGCCAACUAAGUUUAGGUGGUUGCAUAGGGUACCAUAAGUCCAGAGAUCUCAUAGAAGGCUCUCACCACAAUACCAGAUCAAUACGGGAAUUAGAAAUAAAUAGAUCCUCGACUUAUUGCUGGACCAUUGGCAGAAAGAGGUUGUACUGAUAUACUUUGCUUACUACUUUUUAUUGCUGGGAUGGCUAUUUUGAUGUAUUUAACCUAUUAAAUGUAGAUUCAUCUCCAAGGAAGCUUAUUCAAAGGGAGAACCAAAAAGACUUCUCGCAAUGUACGAUCCAAAUGGUAAAGAAUGUGAAAUAUUUAAUGAAAGGUGUGGCUUGUGGAUUUGACACAAACGUGGACUACCCUUAUUUGUAUUUCGCAAUACCUUUUGGAGAUUACUUCAAUAGGACAGUGUGUGUGAAAGAUUGUCCUUUGUAUGCAGAUGAAAAUAGCAAGCCAACUUCUCUAGAUUGUCAACCAAACAUUUUGGUUAAGAGUUGUGACUAGAAAUGCGAUGCUGCUAGUGCACUCAAGACUUUGGCCACAUCUAAUAGCACUGCUAUAUUCAAAGAUUUCGUCUGUAUCUUCAAUUCAUCAAUCUGUAAAAUAUGAUUAAGAUGUUUCAGUAUUUGAUAGAGUUUGUUAUCCAGACGCCUUGUUGGCACUAUUUGAUAACUACCAAUAGUAUGGAUCCUAAUUUGCCAUGGAUGUUCUUACCGGUUACAUAGAAGAUUUAACAUAAACAAAGGAGGCUAUUUAUUGCUCAUUUGCAGUUGCAUUCUUAAUGGGGUACAUAAGCUUAAACUAUAGAAUAGAAUAAUAUAUUUGUUUUUCACAAGAUUGCUAGCUGGAGUACUGGUUUGGACAUCCAUAUUUCUCUUUUUAGUAGGAUUGGGAUUCGGAACAUAUUGGUGUCAUCAACAAGAUCUCUAUUACUAAGAUAUCAUGAAUGAUACAACUGGCAAGUACACAGUUGAACAAACCAAUAAAGCCUCAGAUAAUUAAUUGACAUUCCAAUAUUUAACUUAUGUCAUGUAUGGUAUCUGUGCUUUUGCUGUUAUGGGAUUGAUCUGCAUUUUCAAUAAGAUAAGACUGGCUAUAGCUGUUAUUAAGACAGCAGCCAUGUGUGUGA